UGAAGAGAGCAUUUGAACAAAAUUUAUAUUUAAGCCACCGCAAUAUACUAUCUUUGUUAUUUUUCAACCGAGCGCUUGCUACAAGACUUGCGAAAAGAGACAAAUAUGACAAAAGAAACAUUCGUAUCCGAUUAAUUGCCGGGCUAAAAUAUAAACUAACUUGCUAUUGAUAUUUAUCAAAAAUACACAUUCUGGUUCCCAUACACGAGAACACAAAAGAAAUCGGAUCGCCCUGUCGCAAGCGCGGAACAAAUGCAAGUGACUUCUGCUGCUGCCCAAACGAUGCAACAAUGUGACAUGCGACGGCGAUGGCAGCAGCAGCAGCAGCAUCAUCAUCAUCAUUAUUAUCGGAGCCGUACUCUAUUAUUAACUUUUCGAGGAGUCAAUGGAGAAACGAAACAUCUAGGGAAACAACAAGUGAAACUUUUUAAAGUUUCAAACUAGCGAGGUCUUGCACCAGCUAAAGCUAAGGUGUGCUCCCUUAGUGUUGACAUAAACCACUGAGUGGCUGGCUUUCUUAUUGUCUCCAAGGUGUGAUAACAAUUUAUUAUAAAUAAUAUUAAAGUAAUGCGAACAUCGGAUACAGCCUGCAGCUACAGUUUAUACAAGUUAAAAAAAUUAUUCAAACCAUAAAUCAUUUAAAUUAUUAAUAAUUUAAAUUAAAAGCUAAAGCGAGGACACCAACCAAUUGGAUAACGAGAGAUCAAUAUUGUUGGAUUUUUACCAAAACAACCCGAAGACAACAUAUAAGGAGAGUGACAGACUGAAACUAAGAAGGGGAAGGCAGGCAGGAGUGCAAGGAGCAGGAGGCGGGAGCAGCAGCAGCACUGGAAUGCCCAGCACGGCGGGCAGCAGUGCCGCCGGCGUUGGCAUGGGCGCCCUAAUCAACAGCGCUGGCAGCAGCGCCAGCAGUAGCGUCAUGGGCAUCGGCCUGGGCUCUGGAUCUGCGGCGGGCGGCGGUACAGCAGGUGGACCUGGUAGCUCAGGAGGAUCGGAGGCAGGAGCUGGUUCCCUAAUCGCACAGAGCACGGCUGGCACUAGCGCCGCCAGCAGCGGCACUAUCACCUGGGACAACAACGGCACCCUGCGCUCCAUCAAUCCCGGUGAUUGGUCCAUCGAACAGUGCCUCGGAUGGCAACAGCCGCAUCAUCUAUACUUUCAGCUCGGCUGGGCCUUCCUUUUUCUCGCCUUCCUGGCCCCGCACGGUCCCUACGGUUCGCUGUGGAUGCGAACUAUGCUCCUCAUUGGCUGUUUGAUGAUGGGCAUGCAUGGUUAUCUGGUUGCCUGCACGCCGGAUGUGGUCCUCUGGUCAGGAAUGGGAAUGGCGGUGAAUUUUGUCUACCUGGUCGUGGUGCUGUGCCGGCUGAGACCGGUGAGAUUCGAGCAGGAAAUUGAGGCGGUUUACCUGGCGCUUUUCCAGCCUUUGCACGUGACCCGCCAUCAGUUCAAAAAGGUGCUCAACUGCAUGAAGGUGAUACGUGCUCUGAAGUACCAGGAGGUUUAUGCCCAGGAGAAGGUCACCAAGGUCGACAGCCUGUCGCUGGUGCUGAGCGGCAAAUUGGUGGUGUCACAGCAUCAGAGAGCCCUGCACAUUGUGUUUCCCCAUCAGUUCCUAGACUCGCCGGAAUGGUUUGGCGUCUCCACCGACGACUACUUUCAGGUCUCCAUUAUGGCGAUGGAGGAGUCGCGGGUGUUGAUUUGGCACCGCGACAAGCUCAAAUUGUCAAUUAUGGCCGAGCCCUUCUUGCAGACCGUCUUCGAUCACAUUCUAGGCCGUGAUGUGGUCAAGAAACUCAUGCAAGUCACCCAGGUGAGCGAGUCGAUAGCCAGCAAUGGCUUCCUGCCAUCGGGUGGAUAUGCAGAGGAUGCUGAGGACAAGCCCAUGUUGAUACUCAAAAAGAGUGUGGACGUGGGCCAUGGACUAACGGCCCUGAUCAAUAGGCAGCUCCAGGAGCAUGUUCCUUUACUUGGUCGCACGUACAAACAACAACAACAACAACUACUGCAACAACUAGAACCACAACAACCAGAAGCCACAACAAGCGCCACCAAUAUCGAGCAAAGUGCAAUCUGAAAAUAUUAUGCAAUAAAUACGAAUACUUGCCGAGAAUAAAGAAUAGAAUCCAAACCAGAAAAAAAAGAGAUAAUAAAUCUAUUGCACGCGCACCCACGCACGCACACACGGAGCCUCCUCAGUCAGUCAUCGAACCUUCAAUCCAAUCCCAACUCUGACUAUCCAUCAUCAAUCAUCGCGAACAUCAGCAACAAAGGCAACAAUCACCGAUUACCGAAAGAGCUGCCUCCGAUUCCAUUGGCACAUUUUUUUAUCACAUUCUGCCAAAUGUACAUAUUCUUUUAAUCUUGGAAAUUCUAAGGAAAAGUGAAAGAAUUCUAAUAUUAUGACAGAGUCAUUUGCCACAGAGUAGGGGUAGAUAUCGAAAUUUAUCGCAUUUAACCUUAAAUUAUCGAUAUUUUUAUUGUUAUUACUAUUCAAUUUAUUUGAAUGUUUUAUGUUAUAUGAUUCUUUUCUAUACUUUGGUAUAUCAACAUAUUAAAUAUUACAAAAUAACUUAUUUCGGUAAUAUCCAUAUUUUUUCGAUAAUAUUUUAUUCAUUUGUUUUCCCUUUCAAUUAUAUUUGUCUGGUAUAUUAAACAGAUUUUAAUUUAAUUAUUUGUAUACGCUUAAAUAUAUAUUUUUUAACUUUAAAAUAUCGACUUAUUGAUCUAUUUUGGCGUCAAAUAUCGAUACUGUUUCGAUAAAUUAAUCUAAAAGUGUAAAGGUGCAAUUUUUAAAUCAUUAACUAUUUUGUUUGCAGAUAAUUCAUGAAAAUUAAAGGAAAAAAAAUAAUAAGCUCACAUGUCGCUCUAAAAUGUACAUUUGCUCGGGAAAAUAUAUGUGUUAAAAAUGUGACAAUGGAAUAUUAGGCCAUUAAAUAUCUUUAAAGUCAUUUCAUACUUACGUAGCAUAGCAACUAUAUAGUAAACACACUAAUCAAAAUAAUAAUAAUCCAUCUAAUCAUUCUAAUAGCCAAUCUUUGUACAACCCAAAACAGAUUCGAUGAUUUUUUAUGUAAACUUUUUAGCUUAUUAUUAAACAAACACACACACUCCUCGUCACUCCAGCAAUUGUUCAGCAUAAAAUUUCCAUCGCAGCGGAAAUGUACUCAAAAAGAAAGAAAAAAAAAAUCCUUACCAAAAAGCAAUCAUUUUUAGUUACAGUCUAAAACCAGUUAUUGAAGUUUUCAAUUUAUGUUCAGUUCAAACAUUUAUUUUGACUUAUCAUGGCUGUGUGCAUUGAGUUUGUAGUUAAACAAGACACUUGAUUGCUCACGAAUUAUAGUUAUAGUUGGAGUGGGCAUUUCUCGAUUAGACGGCUCAAACCAAGGUUUUGGACUUUAAAUUAAUCGAUUAUUAGACAACUUAAAGCUGAGGUCUUGAAUAUAAAUCAGCGUUUAGCAAGAUCAAAUCAAAUUAUAUCAACAAUAUCCAUAAAGAGAUUAAAAAUUGCAAUUGUACAGAGUAAUUUUGUAGUAAACAUAAUUAUUUCAUAUAUAUUUUGGGAAGAAGAAAACGAAAUUAAAAAAAAAAAAAAAAAUGCAUUUAAAUAUGUUAUUAUCAGUUUAUCGGGUUAUAUCAAAAAAUAAAGAUUCUCAACGCUUUGUAAAUAAAUUAGAAGUUCUUUUUUUAAACUUCAAAUAUAGUUUCAAAAUCAUUCAUCUUUUGUAAAAGAUCUUAUAUUAAAAAUAUGGAUAAUUAACAAACAAUCGAUAACAAACAAAAAAAAACGUUACUCAUCUUAUUAUAUUAUCUCUGUUUUUGUUUCUUAAGUGCAAAAGUUUAGAUUCGAAAAUCAGAUACCUUUUGGAGUUUCAUAAUGGAAAUUUACUGUGCUGGCACACAAAGACCCCUAUAAAAAUUAUUAUGUCUUUAACACAUUAUUAUUUUAAUCUCUUUUAUUAAUUUUAUGCACUUGAUUUGUUUAUUUUUUUUUCUUUAUUGCUGAUUUUAUUUGCAUACAAAUUGAGCUAACAGAAAGCGUGAAAACUAAUUAAAAAAUAAAAACGAAUAAUUAUUGGGAUAAUGUAAGAAAUAGCAUAGCCUAAGUCUCUGUAUAUACAUAUUUACAUAUAGAAUAUAUAUGACCAAUAGCUUAUUAAAUCUUUACAUAUAUCUUAUGUACAUAACCCCCUUAACCAAUAUCCAAUGUGUAAUGAACGAAACGAAAUCAAUGUGAAUGUGUAAACAAGCCAAAAACAAAAGCUAAUAAACGAAUCACUCGCAUACGAGUAUGUAUGUUAUAUUGA